GCUAUACACUGCGCGGAGGUGAUGAUAGCACCAGCGGCUAUGCCAUGCAAGGGACAUGGGGGGAUCGAGGGCGUGGCAAUCGCGGUCGCUCUUACUACAGCCAAGGUGGUCGCGGGACUUGGAACCAGCGGGGGCGUGGUGGCGCUGGUGCAAGAGGAAGAGGUGACAUUUACGACCCAGCUGUCCCUGACUCCCCUGCUCACUCUGCCUCAUCGCACCAGCACCAGCAGCAGCACCAGCAGCAGCAGCAGCAGCAGCAGCAGCAGCAGCAGCAGCAGAAGGAGCAGCAGCAGCAGCAGCAGCAGCAACAGCAGCAGCAGCAGGUGCAGCAGCAGCAGCAGCAGCAGCAUUAGCAGCAGCAGCAGCAGGAGGUGCAGCAGCGGAUGGAGCAGCAGCAGCAGCAGCAGCAGCAGCAACCGCAGGCAGUGCAGCAACAGCAGCCACAGCAGGAGGUGCAGCAGCAGCACCAGCAGCAGCCACAGCAGUAGCAGCAGCAGCAGCAGCAGCCACUGCAGCAACCUCAUCGGCAUCGCCGCACCACCUCUCCCACAUUCCAACGAGCCAAGAAUUGUUGGAAUCGGAGCACAUAUGAAGACGUUACGAAGAAAUGCUUGAUGGAUUUGUUACAACUCAUUGGAAGUCCUUGGCAGCUGCUACACCAAAGUUGG